AUGGGUAUUAAAGGUUUGAAUGCAAUCAUAUCGGAGCAUGUGCCUUCUGCUAUCCGGAAAAGCGACAUCAAGAGCUUCUUCGGCAGAAAAGUGGCCAUCGAUGCCUCGAUGUCCCUGUACCAAUUUUUGAUUGCCGUUAGACAGCAAGACGGUGGACAAUUGACCAACGAGGCUGGCGAAACCACCUCGCACUUGAUGGGUAUGUUCUACAGGACGCUGAGGAUGAUCGAUAAUGGUAUCAAGCCCUGCUAUGUCUUCGAUGGUAAGCCUCCAGAGAUGAAAUCUCAUGAGUUGACUAAGCGGUCUUCGAGAAGAGAGGAAACUGAAAAAAAAUUGGCAGAGGCGACCACGGAACUGGAAAAAAUGAAGCAAGAAAGAAGGCUGGUCAAGGUCUCUAAAGAGCAUAACGAAGAAGCUCAAAAGCUACUGGGUUUAAUGGGCGUCCCGUAUAUAAUAGCGCCAACGGAAGCUGAAGCUCAAUGCGCAGAAUUGGCAAAAAAAGGCAAGGUUUACGCCGCUGCAAGUGAAGAUAUGGACACUCUUUGUUACAGAACACCUUUUUUACUGAGACAUUUAACAUUUUCAGAGGCCAAAAAAGAGCCGAUUCACGAAAUAGAUACAGAAUUGGUUCUAAGAGGCCUCGAUUUGACCAUAGAACAGUUUGUCGACCUUUGCAUAAUGCUUGGUUGCGACUACUGUGAGAGCAUUAGAGGUGUCGGCCCAGUGACCGCCUUGAAAUUGAUGAGAACCCAUGGGUCAAUCGAGAAAAUUAUAGAAUUCAUCGAAUCUGAGGAGUCAAGUAACACCAAGUGGAAAAUUCCGGAUGACUGGCCCUACAAGCAGGCAAGAAUGUUAUUUCUUGACCCCGAAGUGAUUGAUGGCAACGAGAUAGACUUGAAAUGGUCACCGCCGAAAGAAAAGGAACUAAUCGAAUAUCUAUGCAAUGAGAAGAAAUUUAGUGAAGAAAGAGUUAAAUCCGGUAUAGCAAGAUUGAAAAAAGGGUUGAAAUCAGGCAUUCAGGGUAGACUAGAUGGGUUCUUCCAAGUGGUGCCCAAAACGAAGGAACAGUUAGCUGCUGCGGCUAAGAGGGCUCAAGAAAACAAAAAGUCAAGUAAAAAUAAAAGGAAGGUCACAAAGAGGUAG